UCAUUGCUUAUAGCUAGUGAAUAUCUUGUAAUUAAUUGGCCAUGCAUUAUCUUCUAAUAAUUAUAAAAAAUGUUAGAGAUCCCAAAAGUUUUACCAAAAUUUCUAUCAUGUGUCUCACAUGAGUGUGGGACCCACAUGGGACCCACGUAACGUGGGUUCCACACUCAUGACAUUUGAUAGAAAUUUUGAUAGAACUUUUAGAGUCUCUAACAUUACGCAAUAAUUAUUUUUGUUGGACUACAAUAUAGUGACCUCAUUAACUGCACAUUACUUUUGUUUGGGAAGGAACAUUGUAUUUACACUUUUGCAUUGUGUUCGAGUAUCUUCAAUGGAUUCUUUAAAAUUUGCUAUUAUUUAGUCUUAUCUUACUUUACUUCCUGCGAUGGGUUAGUUACUAUACUAGUCAUUUUAACAAAUUGUUUACUAGCUGGCUACAUUUAGAGAGUCUUGAGAGACUCUUUAAACAGUUUGAAUAAAUAAGUAAAAUAAAUAGUAGUGUUAGAGCAUAUAGAUAAAAAAGUAUUUAGGCAAAAUAAAGAGCAUUCCUUUAUUAUACUUUAACUAGUGAAAAAUAAAGAGUAAUUUUGACUUCAUUAUGUAUUUUUCAAAGAGACAUUGUUUCCUAUCAUUUUAAAAAAUAAAAUUUUAUUAAAAUGAUUUGUAUUUUUAAGAAUAUCAUUAUCACAUCAUCUUUAUUAAUAUAUAUGUAUAGAUAUUAGGUAGUCUCGGAGUGCAAUGUGAUAUUACUUAUGUGCUCCUCUUGACAAAUGUGAAACCACAAAAUACGCUUCAUGGGUUUUUAUUUAUUUAUCAAGUACUUAAUAAAAGUGCCUUAGUAUGGUCUCACCCAUAAUGGUUUCUUAUAUGGUAUUUUAUAUAAUACUUUUGUUUGUGCAUCAUACAAGACAUUUUUUUGCCAAUAAUUUUUCUUUUGGGCAUGAGGAAUAGUUGGUGAAAAAACUUGAGCCAUUGGUUUUGAUAAGAUAGAAUAUAUGCAUGUAUGUAAACACAUAAUAGUAGCUGCAAUACUGACUCUCCAUUUUGUUACCCUCAAUUGUGAAUUCGUUCUAAAACCAAUCAAACUUUCACUCUCGUGCUUUUCUUGGUUUGUUUGUGUUUUUCUCUAAAUCUGAUAUAAUAUUGUUUCUUGCUGACUCCCCAUUUUGUUACCCUCAACUGUGAAUUCAUUCUAAAACCAAUCAAACUUUCACUCUCAUGUUUUUCUUGGUUUGUUUGUGUUUUUCUCUAAAUCUGAUAUAAUAUUGUUUCUUGCUUCCUUAGUUUCACCAGGGAAACAAUGCCUAUAGGCGAAAUCUUUCUCGCUGCUUUCAUUCAGGUGUUGUUUGAGAAGUUGGCCUCUACGGUCCUACUGAAGUUUGCUCAUCGGGAGCAAGUUCAUACUCUCUUCAAGAAAUGGAGUGGAGAGCUAAAAGAAAUUCAGGCAUUCUUAGAUGAUGCAGAGGAGAAACAAAUAAAAAAUAGCGGUGUGAAAAUGUGGCUUGAGGAUCUCACAGACCUGGCUUAUGAUCUGGAUGACAUACUGGAUGAAUUUGCCACUGACGCUUUGCGGCAUAAGUUAAUAGUAGAGUCUCAAGCAGCUAGCACCAGCAAGAGCAAGCUACUGGCCAUAAUACCUACAUGUUGUACAAGAUUCAAUCCAACGACUCUUCUUUCUGAUUUUAUGAGUUCUAAUUCAAAGAUAGAUGAAAUCACUACCCAAUUGCAAAGUAUUUUUGAAAGAGGAAGUCGACUUGGUUUACAAAAGAAUAUUGUAGGAGAAUUUGCUAAAGCUUGGCACAGACCACCCGCCACAUCAUCAUUGAUACAUGAACGUUGCAUAUAUGGCAGGGAUAAGGAGAAAAAGGACAUAAUUGAUUUUCUCCUAAGGGACGAGUCAAAUGAUAGUAAAGUCGGCGUACUUCCCAUAGUAGGUAUGGGUGGGCUUGGCAAGACCACCCUUGCACAGAUGGUAUACAACGAUGAAGUAGUGAACAAGCAUUUUGAUUUGAAAGCAUGGGUCUGUGUUUCUGAUGAGUUUGAUACUAUGAGAAUAUCAAAAGUAAUUCUUGAAUCUAUUACUUCCAAGGCUUGUGAAUUUAAAGAAUUGAAUCAAGUUCAAGUUCAGUUAAAGCAGAAUUUGAUUGGAAAGAAGAUUUUAAUCGUUUUAGAUGAUGUAUGGGACAAGAAAUACAAUGAUUGGAACAUUUUGAAGGCCCCCUUUAACGAUGGAGUCUCAGGAAGUAAGAUAAUUGUAACAACUCGUGACAGAGAUGUUGCAUUGAUUAUGGAAACUGUUCAAAACCAUUUCCAUUUGCUACAGCAUCUAUCAGAUGAUGAUUGUUGGUCAGUGUUUGCACAACAUGCCUUUGGGAAUAAAAGCAUGGAUGCAAAUCCAAAUUUGGUGUGUAUUGGUAGGAAAAUUGUAGGAAAAUGUAAAGGUUUGCCUUUGGCUGCUAGGACACUCGGUGGCCUUUUACGAUGCAAAAAUAGAGACGAUGAGUGGGAAAAUGUAUUGAAUAGUAAAAUAUGGGAUUUAAAUGAACAAGGCAGUGAAAUCCUCCCAGCUUUGAGAUUAAGCUACCAUCAUCUCCCUUCACAUUUGAAGCGGUGCUUUGCAUAUUGCUCUAUACUACCAAAGGACUAUGAAUUUGAGGAGGAUGAGUUAGUCUUCUUGUGGAUGGCAGAAGGCCUUCUUCAGCAACAAAAUGGAAAGAAGCGAAUGGAAGAUUUAGGAGUUCAAUACUUUCACGAAUUGCAGUCGAGGUCUUUUUUCCAACCAUCAAGUGGUGGUGAAAGCUCGAAAUUUGUGAUGCAUGACCUCAUCAAUGAUUUGGCUCAGUCAGUUGCAGGAUAUACUUGUUUUAGAUUGGAGGAGAAAUUGAAGGAUCAGGAGCAAUGUACAAAAUUGAAGAGUGCUCGACAUUCAUCUUACAUGCAAAGCGAAUUUGAUGCAAUCAAAAAGUUUGAAACUUUUUAUAAAGCCGAGAAUGUAAGGAGUCUAAGGACCUUCUUACCCUUCUCCUUAGAUAAAGAUGAAUCUUAUUAUUUGACGAGCAAUGUUCCCCUUUAUUUGUUGCCAAAGAUGAAACGCUUAAGGGUGUUGAGUUUGAAUAGAUAUCACAUUGGCGAACUUAUUCCAAAAUCAAUUGGGGAUUUGAAACAUUUGCGAUAUCUUAACUUUUCCUACACGAGAAUCAGAACAGUACCUGAAUCAUAUGGUAUAGAUGUGCUAACAAUGGUAUGGAGUAGUGAGAGCUUGGAUGGUUUACAAAAUGAAAUGGUUACAGAAGUGCUUGACAUAUUAAAACCUCACAAGAAGCUGAAAGAGCUAUACAUCAGAGGCUACCAUGGUACGAGAUUUCCAAUUUGGAUAGGAGAUCCUUUGUUCUCCAAUAUGGUGUGCAUGAAGUUACAAAAUUGUAAAAAUUGCACUUCCUUACCGCCACUUGGACAACUACCCUCUUUGAAAGACCUUCACAUUGAAGGAAUGAGUGCCAAUGGGAGGAUUGGUACAUUUUUGGAAUCGACAAGGAAGUUCAAACCUUCACUUGUGUAA